AUGGACGUGUCAUCAAGCUUUGGAGGAGGUCGGGAUAGCAGAACAUUCGAGAAGGGUUUCUCUUCGAUUGUUGGAACAGCAAUAGGCUACAAUCAGUCAUCAUCCGUUCUUUCAGCCGGCUCCACUGGGGCUUCUGAAUCUUCCAUGACGGAGUACUCAAAUACUUCAUUGAUAACAUCCUUUGAGGAAACAAUAACCUCGUUAUUUACAAGCUUGAGAGAAAGGUCUUGCAUUCGGGCAACGAACUGGUACUCUUUCGUGUUCUCUCUUGUCUUUCUUUUGUACACCUUCUGGGCCAUGAUGUUUCUUCCUGCUUUGGAUCAUGUUGGAAUGAACUGGGAAAAGAAUAGCGCCUGGGUUUUCAAAGUAGCCAACUACCCCGUGACUCUAUCAUUGGAUGUUUCCUCUAUUGAAACUGUAACCGGUAUUUUAAUUGGGUUCUUUGUAAUUAUAACAUUAUGUGCGAUCAUGUUGGCUGCUUCAACGUAUGCCAUUAACACAACUAAUAAGCAUUGGCCAAAAAUCAAGCUUUUCACUCGAGUCUUGAUGGGUUUUUUGACCUUUUCCUCACUUUUUUAUUCAUACACAUACAGUUUAGUACUAGGAUGUGAUUAUGGAAAUUUUGAGCUGCUUCCUGGUGCCGAUCAGCCGCUUGAGAUCCUCAAAGAUUUUACGCAAGUGGCUUGUGUGAGUUCGUUAAACUCAGCAAUGAUGGCGGUUGGCGGUUUUUACUUUGUUGUGUUGAUGGUGAUUGUGGCCAUGUCCUCCAUGAUUCUCUUCGAUAAUAAUCCGACAUGCAGGAAUUUAUUUGUGUCCGAAACCAACAUGGUGUACUUGCCACUGACAAUUUUUCAUUGUUUGUACAUUGUCCUUGCAGCUUUAAUACCUUCGCGCUAUGCCUUCAUUGCUCCCUGUAUUUAUUUUUGCUUGUCGAUAUGCUACUCAGCCUAUUUGGUUUACCUUAUUCCUUUCUUUAGAAAGAUAGAAAACACUAUUUAUUUCGGAGUGAACUGUGCUCGUGUUGGAUUUGCUUUGGGGUUUCUCAUUUCAAGCAUUGUGAAUAAUAUUUCAGAAAUAGCCGACAAUGUUAAAAUAGGCAUGUUAGGAAUAAUCUUCGGGCUUGCGGUUGUGUUUUUGGGUGUUGGGCUCAUCAGCAUGGAAAUCUACUUGAGAUAUAUUGGAAAGACAAUAAGAAGACUCCUUACUGAAACACGUGUCGUAAGAGGAGACAAUGACAAUGCCGUUGUUAAUCUCGAGCGUGAUGGGUCCUAUUUAUAUCAAAUUAUAGAAGGACAAAGUCGGCAGAGACAGCUAAUGCUUUUUUUUAAGCUUUCCAAAUCGUAUCCAAGCGAUGAUGUAGAUCGUUUGUCUGAUCUAGACCUUUCCCUUAAAUUUAUUAAGGGCCUAUUUUCUCAACGGGUGAUAUCCAAGAUGAGCUAUGGGUCUUUACUAACAGCUUCAGUAAUCGUUGCAUAUUUUAAUCCAAAUGUUAUGCUAAGUAUUUCAGUUUCAACCACUCUUUUACGAAGAGCUGCAAAAUUUAAGAAUAACUUUAUUCGACGGUUUUUGGUAAACGAUAAAACAAAAGAUUGUGAAUUUUUAUAUGGCAAGGAUAGCUCUGGAAAGAACCAUAUGGAAUUGAAGAAUAUUUUGGCAAAACUAGACAAAAAGCAGCUCAUCAUUCAUUAUCUUCAUAAGGCCUUUUGGAAAGAGCUUAUGAACGAAAAUGUUGACAUUGAAAAAGUACAAGUCAUUAACAGGCAAAUAUCCAGAUUAACAAAUGCAGCGCAAUCAUCCUUUGACUCGCUCAUGCAAAGCUAUAACCACGACAAGUCUGUCAUUAGAGCAUAUGCUAAAUUUUUGGAAGAAUGCCAAUUCAACACUGAACAAGCGUCUGAGCUGUUCCAAGAAGCAACUGCAAUAGAAGAUGACGAAGCAAACAGUCAAAGAAAAAUUGUACAAAAGAAAAAUAAUCAUAACAAGAUUGUCCCUGCAUCAUCAUCAAUGGCAUUGGAAGCAGACACUAAAGCUAGCAAUGACUAUUUUGAUGAAAAAUCUGAGGAGCUAUUUAAUGAGGUCGAGAAUGAUAAGUUUGAUGGAGUUGAAAACACUGAAUCAUCAGCGCGCAAGGUAGAUGCUUUGUUUAGAAUGUCUUUGAACAUGAAUAUGAAAAAUCAACUUCAACUCACUAGUUUUAUUGUAUUUGCGACAAUAUCUGUUAUCAUAUUGACAGUAGGAUUAGUGAUGAGCAUUGCGAUUUCGUACAAUGUUUCUGGAGACAUUUAUUUGUCUAAAUCUAUAUGUAUGCCCGCAGCAGUUCCUUUAGGUCUGACUAGACGCGUUCGUGAAAAACAAGCUCAUAUGACCUUAUUAUCUAGGGAUCCUAGAUGGCAAUCAAAUCACGAGCUUAAGCUUAAGCAAUUUUUUGCGACCCUACAUUCUUUGAAAGACCUCAGUACAAAGAAUGAGUUUUCAGCGUCUGUGCGCUCUGAUUAUGUAAAGCAAACAAGAAAGUACCGGCAACCAAUGUUGAUAUAUGGAGAUUCGAAUCCAAAUAGUUGGCAAAAUUACACUAUUGAUAGAAACACAUCUAUAGCGGAAAUCACAGAGUCCCUCCUAACUAAUUGUGAAUCAAUGUUAAGUUACACUGAUGAACAGUAUAACCACACAGCCGACAACAUUCAUUUCAUGUAUUUGUAUUUGAAUAGAAUCAAUUUUUCGGCAGGAUUUGAGACGUUUUGCAAUGAAUAUUUAGUAAGAAACAAAGAAAAAGCAGAGUCCUAUCGGGAUAACUUUCUUGCCUACUAUGCCGCCUCAACUGGAGCCUAUGUCGUUUGUGCGAUUGUAAUAAUUCUGGCAACCAAUUAUUUUCUUUCAUCCCUGACUGACGCAGUGAAGUUGCUAGACAAGAGAGUUUCAAAGGAUAAGGUUGGAAAAAUUUACCAUGCACUAAAUGCCAAGCUUAACGAUGAUAUGCAGAUUGGAAGUGACGGCUUGAUAGCAAAGAUGCUUCGUCCAAACAUCUUCAUUGCCAUUCUAGUAAUAUUGGUAAUUGUCGUUACAGUUGGCUGUGUUUCAUUAUUCUUUUUAGAAACUUUAUUGAACUCAAACUUUUCUGCUAAUGCAAUUCGUAAUAUUCAAUCUAGCGUUAAUGUGAUCAUGACCUCUCAAAGAGUAGGCCUGAGGUUACAGGAGAUUUUUAUCUACAAUAUGAAUGAAAUUAAUAGCAAUUUGCCUAUCAAACAUCCAGCUCUCACCUCGCGAAAAGAGCUGCAAUUCUUUCAUGAUGACCACAAAAACUUAAUUGACCUUAUCAACACGAAGUGGUACGGAUUGUUAUAUGGAAAUAAUGAAAACGCAUAUUCAAGAUUAAUUGGCCAGUAUCCAAAGAUUGAUAACAUAAUCAAUGGAAUCUACAACUGCAAUGUAACGAACAAUUCCUCUCUCUGCCCUUCCUUGUCUGAGCUUAUUUCAAACAUUACUAACUCUGCAACUCUCUUCAACGAAGACAUUUUCUAUAAUCCAUCACAUUACACAGCUCUUAGUGUUUUUAUGUGGACUCAAACAUUAUUUGCAAGCAUUGACAACCUUGGCGACUUGUUGCAAUACUUUAUUGAAACCUAUUCAAAAUAUGCUGCUAAUCCAUCUGUUGCUAUUACAAUUACAUUUUCCAUUGUUGGGUAUAUUUUAUUGAUUAUUUUGAUAUCACUGACGUACUCGUCUAUGAGUGCAUUUUGGGCGGAAUAUAGACAAUUCAGAAUGAUGCUGCACUAUUUUCCAAGUGACUUGCUGGAAGAUGACGUACUAAAAAAGUUUAUUCUCCACAAAGAACUUCCACCCAAGUUUAAAAGAAAAGAAACAAAGAACAGCUACACAGAGGAUAACAGCACUGACGGUAUCAAGGGAGUCAUGAAUGCAUCUGUGGAUGGGUCAAUACUUUGCAAUGAAAAAGGAGAAAUUAAUUUGUUCAAUCCUGUUGCAGAGAGUUGCUUCGGACUUAAGAGCAGUGACGUUGUGGGGUUAAGUGUGUAUACUUUGUUUGGUGAGAGUAGCCACGCAACAAUCAAGAGAAUACUUUCCUCUCUCACAGAUCGAUCAAAAUCAUCAAAAGGAGAAUCAGUAGAGGUUGAAUGCCUUCGUAAGAACAAUACGACAUUUCCUGCAAGAGCAAACAUAUUUUCCAGCAAGUCCACACUUGUAUUUGUCAUUCGAGAUAUUACAGCUGAGAAGAAACAAAAUCUACUGUUGGAAGAGGAAAAGAAGAAAUCUGAUUCACUUCUUCGUAACAUCCUUCCUGAAGCGGUAGGUCAAAAGCUCAAAUUAGGAGAGACCUUUAUAGCAGAGAAGCACAACGAUGUCACUUGCUUCUUUUCUGACAUGGUGAAUUUUACAGCUCUAAGUUCCACAAUGGACGCGACUGGUUUAGUUAAAAUGCUGAACACUAUCGUAAAUGGAUUUGAUGCUCUUACUGAUACUUAUAAUUUAGAAAAGAUUAAAACAAUUGGAGACGCGUACUUUUGUGUUGGUGGUAUUCAUGCAAGCUCCACCUCAGACCAUCCUGAACGAGUAUUAAGAUUUGCAAUUGAAACUUUCAAUGUGGUCUACGAGUACAACCAAAAAACAUUACUGAACUUGGACACAAACCAUGAUUCUACCUUCCUCAAUAUUCGUUGUGGUAUCAAUACUGGACCAGUGAUCGCUGGGGUUAUCGGAACCAAAAAAUUUGCCUAUGACACAAUCAAUGUGGCGUCCCGAAUGGAAUCGACAAGUAAACAAGGAAGAAUUCAAUGUAGCCGAAGCACCUAUGAAAGAGUGUACGAUCUCGGUUUCGAGUUCGAAGAACGAAAGGUCGAAGUGAAGGGAAAAGGAUCCACACAAACCUACCUCCUCAAUGACAAGCAUCACAAGAAUCCAAUUCCCACAACAACUCCCAAUAUUUCUUCUAUUCUGGAAUAA